UCUUGGGAUCAGACAGUGGAGCAUCGAAACACACUCGCCGACAGUCGACAGCCGACAGCCGACGGUUCCGGAUUAGACAUUUUUAAUAUGCUGACGACAUUGCCCCGACCCAAAGCCAAGCUCUGGUGCUGGAUGUUUGUUUGGGCGCACUUCGGCAGUGCCCUGGGUAAUCAGACAGUCGAAACGGGCAACUGUCCGCCCGGCUAUCAGAAUGUCAAUGGCAAUUGCUACAGCCCCUUGAAUUGUCCCGCGGGCUACCACUUGGGCUCAGAUGGACAGUGCUAUCCCCGAAAUGCGAUGUUGUGCCCCACCGGCUACUAUCUGAACGCGGAUGGCAUGUGUUAUUUGACGGAUCCGCUGCCAUGUCCGUUUGAAUCUACGACAACAACAACCACAGAAGAACCCACCACAACAAAAACAGCGACGACAACAACCACAGAAAAACCCACCACGACGACGACCACGACAACAUCCACAGAAAAACCCACCACGACGACGACCACGACAACAACCACAGAAAAACCCACCACGACGACGACCACGACAACAACCACAGAAAAACCCACCACUACCACAACAACAACAACCACAGAGUCGCCACCACCAGCACCAAUUGAGCUGCCACCAAUAGUUGAACCUCCAGUGCAGCUGGCACGCUGUCCGCCCGGCUCAAUCUUCUAUGAGGAGCAAUGCCGCAGGAUUGUCUGCUCGGAGGGUGAGUACUACGAAGGACGCUGCCUGUCCCCGGCCUGUCCGCCGGGCACCGUGUGGCACCGCAGGACCUGCCAGGUGCCGGGCUAUAUCACUACCAUACUGGAGAUCGACAACGUGAUCCGGAACCAGCACGAGUAUACGGUGGCCAGCGAGAACAUCAAUCGUGUGGAAUACUCCACACUUCGGCCGUACGAUGGGUCGUACGACAAGAGCUACGAUGCCAGCACCAAGCCCGCGGAAUACUAUGAUACAACGACAACCACACACCGUCCUUGGCUCUAUCCCAGUGGACAGACGCCAAGAACAACAACGACGCUUCGGCCAGCGACACCUGAUGUCUUUCCGGGACGGAACCCACCGCCGGGCUGCUGUGUGGUGAAGAGUCCUCGGGUCUGCAUCAACUACGCACCCAAUUGGGUCUGCUCCAGUCGGGAGCGCAAGUUGUGCGAUGCCCGCGUGUGCACCCAUCCGGUGAUCUACCUCAAGCCGCCGCAGAUUGUCGAGAGCGAGAACCGAAGACGCCUCGUGAUGCCGCCCAAUCCGCCGCUGCAGGCCUGCAGCACACCCGAGUGCAAGGAGAGUGAAUUUCUGGACUGCUCUGGCUGCAAGCACAACCAGCGGGACAAAUGCUCUCCGGGCUGCUAUAGCUACUACUGUCCCAAUGGCAGUUGUGCCUUCAUGAACUCCCAGGACUACUGCGGCAUCUAUCCAAGCGGUUUCGGCUGCAAUGCGGACGAUGGCUGCAUCUGGGACUGGUGUCACAAGAAGUGCUACUGAUUGACCAGCCAAAGGGCCAGGGCCAUUCAAUUGCAUCCAUAGAGAAAUUUAACA